AUGCGCACUAAUAAGCUAUAUGAUAAUGCACCUAAGUGCAUCUUCGAGGCCGAAGAGAUUCCCUUUGUAGGGUUCUUCAUUGGGAAGCGAGGCCUCAGAGCGGAUCCCGCCAAGGUCAAAGCCAUAGUCGAUUGGCCUGUUCCACAGUCUCAGAAGGACUUGCGUAAAUGGCUUGGCCUUGCCAAUUACUUACAUAAGUACAGCGAGAAUUACGCUGAUAUGGCUAGGCCAUUAUCUAAUCUUCUUAAAAAGGAUGUAGUAAUGGUGUUGGCAUUCCGAACAUGA